UGUUUGUUUUAAUUCCAAACCAGUCCUUCUCCUUCUCUUCCUUCCUUCGUCCUCCUUCCUUCUUCCUUCUUCCUUCUUCCUUCUUCUUCUUCACCCAAACCCUUGUUUCCAAUCUUCCUUCACUCUCUGCAAUCACAAUUUCUACGAACGAAUCACCAACUCAGCUAUUUCAUGCCCACAAAAACCCUACAAUUUUCAUUCAACUACGAGACGAACCCACUACUCUCUCAGCCAACAGAUUUCUUUUUUUUUUUUUUUUUUUUCUCUCUUUCGUUUUCAUUUUGAUAUGGCGACCAAUUUCCUGAUUAAGAUCUGAGUUCCCUUUGAUUCUUUGUUUUCGACCACGCGGAUGGGUGCGACUGGCUCUAAGCUCGAGAAGGCUCUCGGUGACCAGUUCCCUGAAGGCGAGCGCUACUUUGGCCUUGAAAAUUUUGGCAAUACUUGUUACUGUAACAGCGUCUUGCAGGCACUGUAUUUUUGUGUUCCUUUUCGUGAGCAAUUGCUAGAUUAUUACUCAAACAACAAAAGUAUUGGAGAUGCAGAGGAAAACCUUUUAACAUGCUUAGCAGAUUUGUUCACCCAGAUUAGUUCCCAAAAGAAAAAAACUGGUGUCAUUGCCCCAAAGCGCUUUGUUCAGAGAUUGAAAAAGCAGAAUGAGAUAUUCCGUAGCUAUAUGCACCAAGAUGCUCAUGAAUUUUUGAACUUUUUGCUCAACGAACUUGUUGACAUACUGGAGAAAGAGGCACAUGCUAUUAAAAGUGAUGCAGAAAGUUCAUCACCGCCUGAAAAAAUUUCAAAUGGUCCCAAGACUGGUCAGGCAAAUGGUGCUCAAAAAGAGCCGUUGGUGACUUGGGUCCAUAAAAAUUUUCAGGGUUUACUAACUAACGAGACAAGGUGUUUGCGGUGCGAGACAGUUACAGCUAGGGAUGAAACUUUUCUCGACUUGAGUCUUGAUAUUGAACAGAACAGCUCAAUAACUAGCUGUUUAAAAAAUUUCAGUUCCACUGAGACAUUGAACGCGGAGGACAAGUUUUUCUGUGACAAGUGCUGCAGUUUGCAAGAAGCACAGAAGAGGAUGAAGAUUAAGAAACCACCUCAUAUCCUUGUCAUUCAUCUGAAGCGGUUUAAAUAUAUUGAGCAGCUUGGUCGCUAUAAAAAGCUGUUAUACAGAGUUGUUUUCCCUCUUGAGCUGAAGCUUAGCAACACGAUGGAGGAUGCGGAUUCUGAGUACUCUUUGUUUGCUGUUGUGGUUCAUGUUGGAAGUGGACCCAACCACGGACACUAUGUUAGCCUUGUGAAAAGCCAUAACCACUGGUUAUUUUUUGACGACGAAAAUGUGGAAAUGAUUGAUGAGUCUGUUGUGCAGACAUUCUUUGGAUCUGCACAGGAAUAUUCUAGUAAUACUGAUCAUGGCUACAUCUUAUUCUAUGAGAGCAUUGGCACUGGCAACAAGAGCUGAUAAUUGGAGAAUUCCCAUAUCAUCAGCCGUCGGGUAAUUUAUAAUUCGACUCUUGUUUUUUUGGCUUCGCAUGUUUAUUAAUGUUAUUAUUACUUUUUUUUUCUUUUUUUUUUUUCCUUUUUAUAACACCAUUGGGAAGAGCUGUGAAAUAUUAUUGAUGUUAUGGACUGAAAAAAUGUAUACAUGUUCGUUUGCCAGUUUGGCAUAUAUAGUGUUGGCGGCAGCUUUUCUUUUCCCCUUUCAAUAAGUGAAAAGAGAGCAAUGUAUGAUGUUUAUGAAUUGCUGCUUUAGAGUUGGAAUGACUUCCUAUUUUGAUUCUGUUUCUAUUUAGUAUAUACAUUCUGAUGAUGUAGAGCAAUCAAUUAACAUCUAUUGAGUUCAAUUCCUCAUCAGACAGCAAUGGGAUUUUUCA